AUGGGAGUCCUCCCACCCCGCCGCCGUCGUGACUCCCGGCUCCUAGGCAUUACCCCCUCCAGCACCGAAUGGCCUCACGACCUUCUCGCCCACGACUCAGAUCUCCCCGUCGAGCAAGCCAAUAAUGGCAGCAGUCCCCCGGCCCCAGGUGUCUUUGGGGUUGAACCCUCUGUGCACGGGGGGUCGAGUUAUCGGACGCCAAGUCGGUCAUUUUUACACCGGUCUUUUCAUAAUUCGCUAGAUCCUGCAAACUACUCCUCGAACGGUGUCCGUGAAGAAACAGCUGAAUUAGCCUCGUUUGCGCUCUCGUUGAAUGGGGCUCAGAGUCAUUCGCUUCCGUUGGAUAGAAACCGGUUUCCGCAGAAUUCGGAUAUUUUUCGUCGUUCGGAGAGACAGUCUGAGGAUGCGAUAUCGUCGGGAAGUUUGCGCGACUCGGCAAUCCCGGAAAUCGGAGGCCAUGAACCCGUUGGUGUGCCUGCUACUGGGUCGUCUGCGUUGACGCAGCUGAUCCGUAGUCCGACUGGGUCUCUCGAGGAACGAAUUUCUACUGGUAGUGAUGAUAAUGGCGGCGAAGAAGAGGAACAGGAUGACGGCAGUGAAGAGGAUUUGCACCAAGAGAGGGCAUCUACUAUUGCUGAUGAAGGCGAAAAUCCUACUACUGAGCGGACAUCUUUGCUAUCCAAGUCUUACCGGGGGUAUGGGAUCGCAGAGGAUGUCGAGAGCCAAGAUGCUUCAAACAAACGUCCGCGCAAUACGUUCUUUCAGUUUGCCUCGAAAGUGACCAAAUGUUCGCAGGUUCUAUCUAACCCCAAAUCGUGGGAUGGACGUGCUGUUUGGCGGAAUGGCGUGGUUUAUCCGGCUAGCUUACUCCCGUCAGUCUUUCUCGGGCUACUGCUUAAUAUCCUCGAUGCUUUGUCCUACGGUAUGAUUCUCUUCCCGCUGGGGGAGUCUGUUUUUGCGGACCUAGGGUCCGACGGCAUCUCCAUGUUUUAUGUCAGUACCAUCAUCGCGCAGGUGGUCUUCUCGUCCGGGGGUUCGAUUUUCACUGGCGGGAUAGGCAGUGAGAUGAUCGAGGUGGUUCCCUUUUUCCACCAGAUGGCAUUUACCAUCCUACAACGGGUUGGAGAUGAUAAUCCCAAGUCCGUGAUUGCAACCACUAUCCUCUCAUUUUCGGUCAGCUCGAUUUUAACAGGACUGGUAUUCUUCCUAAUGGGAACCUGUCGUCUUGGUUCCCUGAUUGGAUUCUUCCCACGACAUAUCCUGAUUGGCUGCAUCGGGGGCGUGGGCUUCUUCCUGCUACAGACCGGCGUCGAGGUCUCAGCUCGACUAUCUGGGUCUUUGGAAUACAACCUUCCCACGCUGCAGAAGCUUUUCCAAUUGGAUACGUUGCCUCUUUGGAUGGUGCCCCUGUCCCUUGCCAUUGGACUUCUUGUUUUGCAGCGUUUUGUUCGAUCGAACUUCCUAGUUGGCGGCUAUUUUAUUUCUGCCGGGGUGAUCUUUUAUAUUGUCAAAUUCAGUGCGCGAGUGCCUAUGGAUGCUCUGCGGAAUCACGGGUGGGUGUUUGAUGCGCCUUCGUCUUCGAAUCCAUGGUAUCAUUUCUAUACGCUUUAUGAUUUCUCUGCUGUGAACUGGUCUGCGUUUGCAGAUACUAUUCCAGCUAUGUUUGCUCUUACGUUCUUUGGCGUUCUUCAUGUUCCUAUUAAUGUUCCAGCUUUGGGUAUCUCGACUGGUGAGGAUAAUCUGAAUGUGGACCGGGAGCUCAUGGCACAUGGUGUGACCAAUGCUCUGUCUGGGUUUGCGGGUAGUAUACAGAAUUAUUUGGUAUACACCAAUAGUCUCCUGUUUAUCGACAGCGGUGGCAGUUCCCGUUUGGCAGGUCUUAUGUUGGCAGCGGCUACUGUUGGGAUUAUGAUUGUUGGACCAUCGAUUGUUGGAUUCAUUCCGGUUAUGGUGGUUGGAGCUCUCAUUUUCCUACUCGGUAUUGAAUUGAUGCAGGAAGCUUUGGUUGAUACGUGGGGGAAACUACAUCGGUUGGAAUAUUUGACGGUGGUGAUCAUUGUAGUAACGAUGGGCGCAUGGGACUUUGUCGCUGGAAUUGUUGUUGGGAUUAUCCUGGCCUGUGUUAGUUAUGUGGUACAGACAUCACGCAAGUCUGCCAUUCGAGCCACGUUUUCAGGCAAGAUCACGGGUUCAACGGUUCGCCGUCCGCCUGUGCAACAGCGGUAUCUGCGCGAAGCUGGUCAGCAGACGUUGAUUAUGAAGCUGACCGGAUACCUGUUCUUUGGCACGAUUGUCGAUGUCGAAAACACGAUGCGGGGAUUGAUCGAAGAGGAAGCUUUCAACCGACGUCCUAUCCGCUUUUUGAUUUUAGACUUCUCGCGAGUGUAUGGCUUGGACUUCUCCGCAGCGGAGGCGUUUACGCGCAUAAACCGAAUUCUGCGCAAACGGAACGUGCAGACAACGAUCUCGGGGCUCGAUGUCCGGGGUGACGUGGGGAAGAGUCUGCAGAAUGUCGGACUAUUUGCACCGGAGAAUGGCGUGCAGAUAUUCGAGGAUUUCAAUUCGGCGUUAGAGUUCAGUGAAAAUGAAUACCUCAAGGUGUUCUACAAUUACCGAGAAGAGUUGCUGGACAGUAAUGCACCGUCGCGGACCUUCCUGGAAGUGCCGACGAUUACCAGGAGUGCCACUGCGCCUCCACAGUCCGGACCGGCAUCAUUGGCGGACGGACUCACCAGCUCCCCUCGCCGUCGAUACCUGCAACAAGCCGCAACGGAAACGAUCCGCGAGGAUGAAACAGCGGUGGUGAUCCCCGCAGCGUGGACAGCGAUGCGCCAACCACUACCCCUCCUCUUGCAGACGUUCCAAGGACUGACAUCUCAGAACGAGGACUUCUGGUAUCCAGUCUGUGCAUACAUGACGCGCGAGAGCUACAAAGCAGGGACAGUGCUGUACCAAGAAGGCGACUACCCGCAGGGAUUCUACCUGUUGGAGUCGGGGAUGCUCCGGGCAGAGUACGAGCUGCCGCAGGGGCGGUAUUUCGAGCUGAUCGUGGCCGGACGGCCGUGUGGCGAGUUGCCGUUCUUCAGCGAGACGCGGCGGACGGCGACGGUUAGGGCGGAGCAGGACUGUGUGGCGUGGUGCUUGGGAGCCGAGCAGUGGAGGACGUUACGGGAGGAGGCGCCGGCGAUAGCGCAGGAGCUGUUGGCUGUCAGUUUGAAGUUGACGACGGAGCGGAUGGACAGUAUUACAUCGUAUGCGGGCCCUUCCCCCUCCCCUAACCCCUUAUCAUCCUUCAGUCUGUGGAGUUGCUGGUGCUAA